AUCCCGAAUCCAAAAUUAUAGCUUCUUCAUGCCAUGCAACGACCGUUUCAAUCCCCCUCCCUCCCUCCCUGCAUUUCCGCCACCCCUCUACCCCUACCUACCUCUCCUUCUCUCUCUCCGUCUCUCAUCUCUCUCCUUCUCUUCAUCAUCUCUCCUCCCCAUUUUUCUUCUACAUUCCGGAGGAGGACGUCCCCAGACGAGAGAGAGAGAAUUAAUGGAGAAAGUAGAAUCUCCUCUUUAUCAGGGGAAGAGCAAGGAAGAGAACAUUGACGACUCCAAUAGAAAAUUCAAACAAGAGGAAGAAGAUAAGGAGGACCAAAUAAAUCAAGGUAGAGAAGAAGAGAAACCAGAUAAAGAAGCAACAAAGGAAGAUGACCAAGGUGACAACAGCCAAGCCACCCAUUCAGAUGCCACUAGCAUCUCUGCCGACAUUGACCAUUUCCUUUCGGUUGCCGGCAGCGGCAGAGAUGGCCAGAAUCAGAGUCAUCAUGAUCCCCCCGAGAUCCCAGCAACCGCCAUCGAGCGGUCGGUAUCACUGGUGGAGAAGGAGAUCACCAGGUAUGAGUCCGUCGCUGGCGAUUGGUCUCGUAAAAGUGAUGAUCUCUCACUCCUCGAUGCCAUCGAUCGGAUCUCGAAGUUCUCAGCCACACUCUCUACCAUCUUUCCUUCAGAGGCAAAGUAUGUCAAGGCCAAGAAACGUGCCGGCGCCGUCGUCCAGCGAGCCAUGUCAUUCCUCGAAGAGGAAUUCCGAUCACUACUCGAGGAUUCAAUAAGCAAACCAGAGCCAAGGAGCAAGAUUUCCAAGUGCAAGAAGCCAAACUCACUGCCCAGGCCUAAUCACAACAAUGGCAGCCCCACCUCACCGGAGACAACAUCCGGCUCACCUGAAACGGAUCCAAUUUACCCACCUGUGGUCGUCGAGAAGCUAAGAAAGAUCGCUGGGGUGAUGAUCGCUGCCGGGUAUGAAACCGAGUGCUGCCAGGUAUUCAUCAUCACCCGCCGCAAUGCCUUCAACGACAGCCUGACCAAGAUUGGAUUCCAAAAGAUGAGCAUCGAUGAUAUCCAGAAGAUGCAGUGGGAAUCACUGGAAGGGAAGAUUGCUGCAUGCAUAAAAGCCUUCAAGCAUUCUAUCACCAACUCCUUCUCUUACGAGCGCGAACUCGCCGGCUUGGUCUUCUCCGGCCAUCAAGCCAUUGCCAGCAGCCUUUUCAGCAACCUUGCAAGAGGAGUCAUCAUUCAGCUACUCAAUUUCGCCGAGGCCGUCGCCAUGACCAAGUGCUCGGCGGAGAAGCUCUUCAAGGUGCUUGACAUGUAUGAGGCUCUAAGAGACAUGAACGCAGAAGAGAUGGACAACCUUUUCACAGCUGAGCUCGAAGGCUCCUCCUCUCUUCGCACCGAUCUCCAGUCAGAGAUUUCCUCCGUUCGGUCACGCCUCGGCAAGGCAGCAGUUGCAAUCUUCUGUGACCUCGAGAGCUCCAUCAAGGCUGACGACAGUAGGAUCCCAGUGCCUAGUGGUGCCAUCCACCCCCUCACUCGCUAUGUCAUGAACUACCUCAAAUAUGCCUCUGAAUACAAGAAUACUCUAGAGCAGGUCUUCCAAGAUCAUCAAAAAUCUGUCAACAAGAGCAGCGGCAAUGACACGAACAGCAUCAAUAAUGAUAGCAGAAAUUUCAGUCCAUUUGCCAUGCAAUUCAUCGAGGCAAUGGACUUGCUGGACUCGAACCUGGAGGCGAAGUCGAAGCUAUACAAGGACCCGGCAUUGAGCUACAUUUUCUUGAUGAACAAUGGGAGGUACAUCAUGAAGAAGAUCAAGGGUUCGUCGGAGAUUCCGGAGCUACUCGGAGACUCUUUGAUCAGGAAGCGAUCGUCGGACCUGAGGCAGUACCACAAGAACUACCAGAGGGAGGCUUGGUCGAAGGUGCUGGCAUGCUUCAAGGAUGAGGGGCUGCAGGUGAAGGGGAAUGUGUCAAAGCAGAUGGUGAAGGAAAGGUUCAAGAGCUUCAAUGCCAUGUUUGAGGAGAUUCACAGGAGGCAGAGCUCAUGGGUGGUGAGUGAUGAGCAGAUGCAGUCGGAGCUGAGGGUGUCGGUGUCAGCGGUGAUAGUUCCGGCGUAUCGAUCUUUCUUAGGGAGGUUCAGACAGUAUUUGAGUUCGCAUAAGCAUGUCAAGUAUGGGGCAGAUGACUUGGAGAAUUAUAUUGAUGAGUUGUUCAGUGGAAACCCCUCAGUUGGGAUGAAGAAGAGGACAUGAUGUUUUUGGAGUAAUGGAUGGCAGAGAAGUGGACGUAGGCUAAUUUUUGAGUGGUGCUGCUCCGCACUUCUGCAUUGCUGCUUGAUGUUAAUUGUUCUCUUUAUCAAUGAAGGUGAAGAACGUAUUCUGUU